AAGGGGAAGCCGCCCACAAGGAAGAGUCGUGGGAGACGUCCGGCGAGGAGGAGGCGGAAGAGGCCGGCGUGAACCUGGAACAAGUGGCCGAAGACGCAGACGGAGGGGAUGACGAUGAGGAGCCCGUGACUGGGAUCAGAAACGCCGAGCCUGGAGAGGCGGACGUCGCCGGGGGCGCAAGCCAGGUAGUGGCGGAAGGAUCGCAGUCGGGACGGCGGGAAUUGCGCGAGCGUGACGCCAGCCGCCAGGAGGAGCAAGACGCGGAGGGGCUGCGUCAACAGGAGCGGCGGGACUGGGGCGUGCGCGCCGGCGCUGGUGGGACGCAAGGAGAACGCAGCAGGAGCGAGAUGGGGGGACCGCGCGCAUCAAGGGAAGAACCGCGGCGGUGGGAGCGGCCGCCUGUCAACCCUCGCGCACUCGACGGGCGGCAGGCACAGUAA